GCGUGGGCCGCCCUCCUCCUCCUGCUCCUGGCCGCCGCCCUCCACCAGGUGCCCGAGGGCCACCGGGGACUCUACUACAGGGGCGGGGCGCUGCUGCCCAGCCUGAGCGGGCCCGGCUACCACAUCAUGCUGCCCUUCGUCACCACCCUCCGAGCCGUGCAGACAACGUUGCAAACCGACACGGUGAAGAACGUGCCUUGUGGGACCAGCGGUGGAGUCAUGCUCUACAUCGAUAGAAUUGAAGUUGUCAACAUGCUGGCACCGCAUGCAGUCUACGACAUCGUGCGGAACUUCACUGCCAAUUACGACAAGGCUCUCAUCUUUAACAAGAUCCACCAUGAGCUCAACCAGUUCUGCAGUGCCCACACCCUCCAGGAAGUGUACAUUGAGCUCUUUGAUCAGAUUGAUGACAACCUGAAGCUUGCGCUGCAGCAGGACCUGAACGCCAUCGCUCCAGGGAUCACCAUUCAGGCUGUGCGUGUGACAAAGCCCAAAAUCCCUGAAGCCAUUCGGAGGAAUUUUGAACUUGUGGAAACUGAAAAGACCAAACUCUUGAUCGCGACUCAGAAGCAGAAAGUUGUGGAGAAGGAGGCAGAGACGGAGUGGAGGAAGGCACUCAUAGAAGCAGAGAAGGCGGCUCAGGUGGCCAAGAUUCAAAACCAGCAGAAGGUCAUGGAAACAUUAACGGGCAAGCGAAUUUCUGAGCUGGAAGAUGCUGCUUUCCUAGCGAGGGAGAAGGCGAAGGCAGACGCGCAUUACUACACUGCUCAGAAGGCAGCCGUGUCGAACAAGGUGAAGCUCACACCAGCCUACCUGGAACUGGCCAAGUACCAGGCCAUCGCCACCAACAGCAAGCUGUAUUUCGGAGACAGCCUCCCUCCCAGCUUGUUCCUGGGCUCCUGUGCCUUCGACUGUGUGGCUGCAAGGACUGCCGGUGGGGGCCGGCUCAUCUCAAGGACUGGGGGAGGCUCCCUCAGGCACAGAGAGAGCACCACGUGA